CGUAAACUCAACUCAAAGAUAUCCAGUUUGCUAUUUUCUUUUUUUGUUUAUCAUUUCAUUUAAAUCUAUAGUUACUGAAUUCUUCACUUUUGAUACCUAUUUUUCAACUUGUAUCUCAAUUGGGAUACCUAUCUGAAUUAGGAUAAUUAUCAACAGAGUUAAGGGACUACUCAAAUUAUUAACAUGAAGUUUUAAGUUUAUUCGUAAGAACUACGGUUUAUAAUGGAGCAUCAAUUAUAUUUUAGAGCAAUCUACUUUUAAAGCGGUAGUUAAUUAUGAGGUCCGUGUCAAGGUAGCCCUAACAAAUACAUCAAUUUUAGAGAAAUGUUAGGUCUGAAGGAUACUUGUGGCUUCUAUUAAUGGCUGGAUUUGAGUUCUGUUGUUUGUGUUCAUUAUUUUUUUUUUUUUUAUGGCUUGAUUAUCAUUAGCAUGUAAGUUUGUGGCACUAUAAGAUUGUGUCUGAGUUGCUUUGUUAAUCGUACUAAUUGCACAAUCUUUAUUUUGAAAUUGAACUUAUUUUGAAUGUAUCAGAAGAAGUUGGCACUCUUCAUGCUGCAUAUUAAUUUGAAUGUGUUAGUUUGCAUUAGGUGUUGACACUAAUCACAUAUUUGUAGAAAGAGGUGGCAAUGCAUAUUAGGUGUUUUAUUAAUUUUUUUUAUUUUAUUUUAUAGGAAGACUUAAACAAGUAUAGUAAUGGGGUUGAAACAUCUCAAUAAACCUAAAAUAUACAAGGUUCUAUGUCUUAGGAGGAUGAUAUAUUUUAUCAAGUACAAGAACCUAAUAAAAAAGGAUGUAUGCCAUGUAUGGACAAGAUUUAUAAAUCUAAAAAAUCAAAAGUUUAUGCGUCUGAAAAUGAAGAGUUGUGUGAAAGAGUUAAAAAAAUAUGGAAAACUUGUUAGCAAAUGUGAUUGACUUUAUGAAAAUGUCAUUUUUUCAUCACAAUUCUCUAAAACUAUUCAACUGUGUGUCAUCUUUCUGCUCUACCGCUUUCAAACAUUUUUCAAACUCUUAAUCAUUGUAAUGCGUGAAUCCUCCUCAUAAGAUUAGACCCUUUAUUUAUGUUUAUUAGUACAUUGAUUACUUUCAAUUAAAUCAUCUUUUAAAUUGUUACCGGUGUUGACGUGUAAAUGUAAAUGUGUCCGAUGUCUGUUUGGAAAUUUCUUGGACACAUUGGUUUUUGUUUGUUUGUUGUGAUUAAUUGAUUAUUGUUUUUGAUAGUUUCUGUUGGGGUGGGGACAGGGAAGGGAGAAUAUAAUUCACCCCUGAUCUGCUCCAUUGCCAUGCCUACAUUGAUGAACCCUAAUUUGUUUCGCACCAAGGAAUAAUAUCCCAAUUUGAAUGGAAAGAAAAACUUAACGCAGUUUUCGACUUUCCACCGUCAUUUUUGUUUUUGCACCACGUUCAUGACUUCUUUCCCAAUUUAUAAAACCAAUUUUAAAAUUUAUCUCAACAAUGCUUGCAGGAUGGCGAACAAUGGGGAAGAUUUCUCCCAAUUCGGCAUUUCAAAGGAGGAAAAGGAUAAGCUUGUUGGAGAAGUAAUCCGCUACAUGCUUUUCAAAACCCAUCAAAAUUCUGGGUGCCCAAUUAAGAGAGAUGAACUAACUCAGCUCAUUACAAAGAAUUAUCAUCAGCGUAACCUUCCUAGUUUUGUCAUCAAUGAGGCUAAGGGCAAGCUUUCUACUGUGUUUGGCUAUGAAAUGAGAGAACUUUCAAGGUCUCUCCCAUCAUCCAAAUCUCAGACACGCGCUUCGCAACAAAGUGAGUGUUCCUCUUACACUAUGUUGAUUCAAGUUUUAUGAAUGCUUUACUAUUAGGUCAUUGCUUGAGCAUUAUGAGUUCUAUUCUAUGAACAAUUGAUAAGCUUUGUGAUUUAACUUCUCAGGUAAUGUAAAGCUUCUUUAAAACUAAUAACUUGUGAGAAGUAAUACAAAAAUCUGGAGCCGAUACUUCAUAGUCGUGUACAAAUUCUUUUACCAUUUUAUCUAUAACCAAAUAAAUAAAUAAACAUAUGAUGCUUUUACGCUAUAUUUUGGUGGACACUUCACACUAACAUUUCAAAAAUUGAAUAAAUUUGUAUUUCAUCUUUAAAUAAGAUGUGUGUAUAUAUAUAUAUAUACUUGACAAAAAUCAAAUGAACAAAGAAUAAUUAAUUAAACAUAGACUUGUGGAUUCUCCAUCAAGUAGGCUUCCACAACUUUGCAUAUUCCAAUAGAGCUUUCUCUUCCUUCUUUUAUUUCUUCCUCUUUGACUUCAAACUCCCCAAUAGCAUUGUAUUUGCUAAUCAUUUUACAAAGACAACCUCCAUCACUAAUAGCUUCAAACUUAACCUCAUAAGCAAUUGACUCAAACUUGUCACCUAAUGGAUCUCCUUCAAUCAUAGUGUAAUUGCAAACCAAGUUAUCAUUAUCAAUCAUAUCAAUUCUGUUUUUCAAAUAUUUGAAAGGACUAGCUGCAUAAAUAAAAAUGAAACAUACAAGUAGGAAGUUAUUCAACUAGAAAAGAAAAAAAUAAUAAUUUAACUCCCCUUGAAAGAUUUUUUUUUUUACUAAUUAUUAACUUUUUAUAUUAAAUUAAUUCAUCUUUAUAAAGAUGAAUUCGGCUUAAUAUAAAGAAACUUAAUAUAGUAUUAAAAAUUAUUUAUUUAUUGGGUCACACAUUAUUUAUAUUCGCGCAUUAAACUUAGUAAUAGAAUUUGGAUUUUUCCUGAUACUAACCUUUGGCAAAGUUAACUUGGUCGAUGGUUCCAGGUUCUCCGUUUCCUUGAAUUAAAUUGACAUCUUUUAUAAAUUGAGGUAAGAGUUUUGGAAGCAAAUUGCUAGAGUCAGUAAUUAAAGCCUUGAACAUGCGUGAUGGGGCAAUAGGGGAAGAAUAAUCAUGUGUGAAGGUUGUGACUCCCAUGAUCAGUGAGGUGUGUAAAUAGAUAUUAAAGAAACUUCAGAAAAUUAAUCAAAUUUGUGAAUAUUGUUGGAUAUAUUCUAAGGGAGAGUUUUUUGGUCUUUUAUAGUCAAUAUGUGAUGUAGUUUUUUGGUCUUGAAGCAUGGUGUGAAUUAAAUAAAUGUAAAAAAAAUAAAACUUUCACCAAGUUUUGGACCAAAAUUAUGUUUGAGGGACCAAAAUUGGGGAGAAAUAAAUGGGGGGACUACUUUCACGAUUCAGCUAAAAUAUAGGAACUAAAACUGCAAUUAAGCCUAAAUUAAAAGGUUGUCUUGGUUUGUGUACUACAAUAGGGUUUUAUGUUGAAUAAAAUACAGUUUGUGUUAUUCCUCUAUCA